GUGGGCUAUUGCCAAAUUGCAUCAUCAUCAUCAUCAAUUCAACAAUCAUCGAUCCAAAUCCAAAAUGUUAAACGAAGCCAUGGAAGAUCAGAAAAAACAGCAAGUAACUAUCUUUUACAACGGCCAGAUUGCGGUUUGUGAUGCCACUGAGAUUCAGGUUAGCGCUAUCAUAUUACUCGCAAACGGCGAAAAAGUCGACGAAAGCUUAGGUGGUGAAGCUGCUUCUUCAGCUGCAGGGCGCUGCAGCCCAUCUUCGAUUUGUCCACAAGUUUGUGAUUCGCCGUUGCAGCGAUCACCGUCCUUCAAAGGCCCAUCGCCGUCCCCGCUGCCGGCGUUUCAGGGUCUUGCAAUGAAGAGAUCUUUACAACGUUUCUUGCAGAAGAGAAAGUACAGGACUCACACUUCACACCCUUACCAUCAUCCCCAUGUCCUCCAGAAAUUUUUGUGAAAAAGUGAAAUUAGCCUAGAACACUAUUGAUUUCUGAAUACAUGUUUUGUAACAUAUGACGGACAUACGUAUAGAUAUGUAGAAUUAUUCAGUAAUCAUAAAAAUUAGAGCCUAUUUUUAUCCGCAUCUGUUCUGUCUUAAUCUGUUUAAUUUCAUAACGCGCAAACUCCAACUCGUGAUGAACAUCAAUCUAAGUUUAUCGCGUGAGAUUGAUGCGAUCGCGUAUUCUGAUUGUUCUUUUGACAGAAAAGAGAAGAAACGAAAAUUUCUUAGUGGUUCAGAGGAUAUGUGACAAAAUGUGUUUGAUAAAAAAAGAGUCUAUUUACUUGUAGAAUCAGCCUCACAUAAACAU